UAAAUCUGUUUGUAUUUUUCUCACACACACUUGUCAGCCAAGUCAUAUCAGCCAAAAAGCCCACUUAUCAAUAACAACAUUACAGAUGUACUCAACAGCCUUAAUUACUCACAAAACAAGACCCAAAGCACAUAGACAUCCCUUUUAUAAACAGAAAUAUGUAAUUCACAGUUUGUCAGAUGAUAUAAAAAUCAUCUCUCUUUACAUCCGACAUCUCAAUGACAGCUUCCCCCAAAGCUAUGCAUUAGGAGAAGCUGGUAAGAUCCCAAAAGGCACAGUUAGUCUAGCACCAGCUACCACAUGCUGCCGGUAACCUUAUUACGUCUCUGCACAUCACUCUGGUGGCUGUCACUGACGUGCUGUUAUUAGCUCUCCUAACUGAGAGGCUCGCUGUUGAUUCCAGCCGCCAUAUUACUUUUUCUCUGCUUGUGUCCUUUAUAGCAAUUAAGGGUGACAUUUGACGUGAAGUAACUGUGUUCUCUGUUUAGUAUUAAACUGAACACCUACUCUAUAUCCCUUUUCUUAGCUUACAUUAUUUAUGUCACAUUUCAAGGUCGUAGUACUUUAUUUUUAUUUUGUAAAACCAUAAUUUCACCUCCUCUUCAUUUCAAAAGGAGAUUUUGUACUUUUACUCCACUACAUUUAUCUGAUGGCUGUUGCUUUACAUAUUAAUAUUACAUAUUAAUGCAAUGGUUUCAAUCAAUGGUUUAACACCUUUAAAAUGACUUGUACUCAGAGUGAUACUGUGACUUGAGUAUAUUUUGCUACUAAGGCUUUGAUAAACUUAAAGAAAUGUUUAAAUGCUGUAGUUUAUGAGAAUAAGUUUAUGAGAAUAAAUUUACAUGGUGGUAUUUGGUUCUUUAAGGACAAUUGUUAACUUCUUCCACCAGACUAACUGAUUUGAUGAACCUUUGAUUUGAUAUUGCAAUAAAAUUCAUAGACUUUGUUUUUCAUCAUAUUUGUUUUAAGGCAAUAUUGUAAUAUGACAGAUAUAAAUUAUAUCAUUCAUAUAUGAAGACUUUUGUUAAGCGUCAACUUUAGUUUACGUAUGUUUCUAAUUUGAGCCGCAGCAAUGGAAGGUAACUAAGUACAUUUGCUCAGAUAUUGUACCCAAGAACAAUGUUUAGGUACUUCACUUGAUUACUUUAAACUACCUAACAGUAUAUUCAGUUAAUCUUCCAUCUUUAAAUGCUGAUUUAAUGUUAAUGCAGCAAUAAUUUAAUAUAUAGGGACCAUUGUGCUGCAUGAAUACUUUUACUUUUGACGAUUUAAGUGCAAAUAAUACUUGUGCAUGAUUACUCGGAUACAAUUUCUAAUGCACGGUUUUUAAUUAGUUUUAACAUGUUCUAUAAACAUCCUAUUACAAGUAAAAAUCCUGAAUAAAAAGGACACUUGUGUAAAAGUACAGAGGUACUAUAAGCAAAAUGUUCUUAAAGUGUCAAAAGUAUAGGUACUCACUAUGCAGAAUGGCUUCUUUCACAGUGUUAUAUUAUUACACAGAAUAUACUAAUAUUCUGUGUUAUCACUAACAAUACAUGCAACUACUGAAUAAGUGUCAAAUAAAUGUAGUGGCGUAAAAUGGAAGUAGCUUAUGUCAAAUUGUGUACUUGGUUGCAUUCCACCACUGCUUAUAAUGGAUACUAUUCACAUUGUGGUACUGUUACUUUACAUAUAUAAUAUGUGAAUAGGAUGUGAAUACUUCUUCCAUCACGUUGCAGCAGUGAUGUUUCCAUAAUGCCUUUCUUACAAACUUUCCAAAAAUAAUCCAGUCUCCUCACCAAGUGUUACAGCUUUGAGAAACGUCAGAAGUAUUGCAUGAGAGAACGAAUGUAAAAUCUCACGAUUAACUGCGAGACUUGGAUAUCUCCAAAAUUUUGGCCGGUCUGAAGAGCGACAUCCGAUGAGGGGGACUUGCACUCGGAGAUGCACGGGUCAAGCAGUGAGGGGGUCCUACACUUGGAUGAACUGGGGGAGGAGAGAGCACAGUGAGGCUGUCAUGUAAGCCGUCUCCUCUGGGGCCACCUCUCUGUGCGUGCUGCUUCCUGCCUCAGGUAGAAGCCUCAGUGCUUCUGCUGCCGAGUUGUCAGGCUGCUCGCGCUCCUCUCCCUCCCGCUGAGAAGGCAACAGCUCCACUCUCAAAGCACUGAAAUGGAGAAGAGCUGCUCAGAGUGCUCAGUGCCCACACUUGCACAGAGCCUGUGUACGCUCUGCAACAAGUGGAUGUGUUACCAGUGCACAGAUGUGCAUCAGCAUCAGAGAGCCCCUACCACUUCCCAGUACACAGACAUGCACCAGCAACAGAGGCCCAGUGCUGCCCAGUGUCCUGACCGGCUCCAGAGAGGCUCCAGCUCCCUGCUUCUGACUGGACAAGGCCCGGGGUCGUAUCCUUGUUCCCUUCUGAUGUGCAAUUCUCACAGACAGGAGCCCUUGGAGCUGUUUUGUGAGUUAUGUGACCUUCUGUGCUGUAGCAGCUGUCACCUGUCCUCCCACAAAAACCACAGGGUGGUGCAGAUUGGGAAGGCCCUACAGGAUCAGCAGUGGCUGUUUGACAGCCUGAUGGUUCAGGUGGAUGAGAGGAGGUCUGCAGUGGAGAACAAUGCUAAGCAGAUAGAGGACAGACUUCAUGGAGUAAAGAUUGCACACAGGAAGGCAGAGAACCAGAUUAAAAUGGCAAAGAUGAUUAUGAUGAACGAGCUUAACAAACGAGCCAACCUAUUAAUAGAGCAACUGGAGAAAAUCUCAGAGGACUUCCAGCAGUGUCUGGAGGACCAGCUGCAGGGGGCAAUCGAGAUAUGUGGCCAGCUGGACCAUGUUCAGAAGUUCAUCACCUGGGCCACGACACACCACUGCAGAGGCCCGGUACUCUUCAGCAGGGCUCUGAUUUCUCUUCAGAUGCAGCAGCUGCUUGAGUCGUCACUCCACUCAGACUCUUGGAGUCCUGUCAGGAUCAAAUUCAAUUGGGACGCAAGUUACUGGACGAAGCAGAUUUCUUCUUUAGGCCAGCUGACUGUUGAAGGGGGAAACAGCAUUUACCCUCAGGGCUUGGCCUGCUCCAGUAUUCUCAGGCCUCAGCCAAUCACCCGCUUGGCUCUGCCGUCCGUGUGUCACAGAGGACGAGAACCAGGCUGUGGGUACCAGAAAUGCUGCGAGCUCCAAAUGUGCUGCGUCCAUGGCAUUCCCUCUCAACCAGAUAUCUCCAGUCUGGAUAAAGGCCGUCUGGAAGCCGCCCUUUAUAACUCCAGCUGUGUUCAGCCUGCCCUUUUCUCUGCCUCCUUGCACCAGAGCCAGCAGCUCCAGAGGUGCUGGGACCCAGACACCUCGUCGCAAUGUCCUCCCACUUCAUCACCUGUCCCGAUCAUGAGACCCAUCCAGCUCCACUGCAGUCGAGGAUCUACAUCCCAGCCACAAGCUGCUGCCUCUCAGCCCCAGUCUCAAACUAAAUCUUAUCUCUAUCGCCAACAUCAGAGAGAAGUUCUUCCAGACAGCCAGUCUCAGCCAAGUGCAGACCAUUGCAGGCCAGGCCAACGUCAGAGGAAGCUGUCGACCAGCACGGCUCUGCAGCAGCAAGUCAGCCACACAGUCGUGGACAGAGAUGUAAUGACUGAAGAGAACUGGGAGGAGAGGUGCAGAGUGGAGGAGGCUCGAGGACAAAUGGCAGCGGUUGAAAGCAGAGCGCUGCUGGAUGUGGAACUGCAGCAGGACAGGAGGGAGCAGAGUCCUGUCCAACAGCAGCAGCAGCAGCUCCAUGUUCCUCCUGCAGCAGAGCUGAGAAAAGAGCUGCAGAGAAAUAGACCUGCACUGAUGCUCAGAGACCACAGAGAUGGCAGGAGAUCCACAUCCCUGGAGGUGGCGGUGACAGCCCACGGGUGUGUAUCUGAUGUGCAGAGCAGCAGGCUCAGCCCUAGUUUAGUGUGCACGAGGAGGGAAAGACGCUCCCAGAGCAUCCCGGCAGAACUGGCAGCCCCUUCCACCAGCCCUUAUACUGAAAGGCCCACAGGAUGCACUCACAGCCUCCAGGCAGGAGCUGCAACUAAGUAUGUCAGUAUGGAUCCCAAACAGAGGAGAGCCUCAGAUGGGGUACUUUGUGUUGUCAAGGAAACUUUGUCUGACACAGCGCCCUCCAGAGGACAUCAGUCUCCUCUACUGUCCUAUAAGACGGAGCCAGAUCAUUCUUUUACUUGUGUAAAUGAAGAGCUUGGUUAUGAGACCAAGGGGAAAUGCAGUGCAUCAAGAAACAGCCACAACAGUAACAGAGAUGUUCAGAAGGACUCAGGAAGGCCAAGGGUUCCAGUGGUUUGCUUAGAGCGUCUCAAAAUACUUGUGUCUCAACUCCCCCCACAUGGACGACGACAGAGCGACCCUUUACCUGCCAGCGGGACGGAGAAGAGCGGAACACUGCUGCAGCAGAGGGCCAGGCAUGAUGCAAGUCCUGAAGGGAUAGCUGGAGGCUCUGAGACCACGAGGACCACCCGCUCACUCACAGCUCCACCAUAUGCAGAGCGACAGAACCGUAAUCAGUUUACCGCACACUCGACCACCAGAGAGUUUGACAGCCGAGAGACAAUCAGCUCCCCUAAAGCACCCACGCCUCCGUCUGCCGACCCUAAAUAUGUACCACAGAGUUACUCGGCACUGGAUCUGGACUCUGACUCUGAUCCCAGAUCAGUCUCAGAGGACGCAGUUGUUUCUCAGGCUGAUCCAGACCCACAGCUAUACUCAGAUGCAUCACUGGAUUCUCACCCAAAUGCAGAGUCUUUAUCUGAGGCUGAACUUGAAUGUCUGGCUGAGGAGGAAUCACUGGCUGCAGGAGAGAUGCGGCUCUGUGGUGAAACUGAUAUCACGGGGGAUUCAGAACCAAGUCUUGAAUAUGAGGCAGACCCAGAAUCAGAUGCAGGAGAGGGAUCAGAGGAUGGCCAAGGGCUGGACACUGAUGCAGAAUCGGGCGAUGCUGAAACCGAAUCAGACGUCCAGCCUGACAAUGAUCCCAGUUUACAGGCCGAGACAGACUCUGACAUUGUGUCCGAUCAGCCUCCAGACUCUCAGGGCUCUGUGGAGUCUGAGCUCGACGUAGAAUCUGAACCUGAACUCCCAACCGACGACCCACAACCACUUCGCUCUGACUUGGAAGAGGAGUCCCACAAUGGUGGUGCUCAGAGGCCGCUUUUGAUUUCAAACCCUGUCGCUCAAAGAGCCACGGAGGAAGUCCAGCCUGACCAGGACAGUGCAGAGAUGGAGAGUGAGGACUUCUGUGCCGUGUGUCUAAUUGGAGGGGACCUGCUGUGCUGUGACCGCUGUCCAAAAGUUUUUCAUUUGUCUUGCCACAUCCCGUCUCUGCUAAGCUUCCCCUCAGGUGACUGGGUGUGCAGCCUGUGCAGAGACGUCAUGCAGCCAGAGGUUGAGUAUGACUGUGAGAAUGAGAGAACAUCUGGAGAACAAACAUCGUCACAUGGACUGCCUGCCUGUGACCAAAGAAAAUGUGAGCGGCUGACUCUACUGAUCCUAAGUAACGUCCUGAGUGCUCCCUUCCAUGAGCCCGUCAGUCCACUUGCUCGUCAUUACUACCAGAUCAUUAAGAGGCCUAUGGACCUGUCCGUGAUCAGGGCCAAACUCAACAAGAGGAAAACUCAACAUUAUAACUCGGCAGAACAGUUUGUUGCUGAUGUCUAUCUCAUGUUCCGCAACUGUGCAAAGUUCAAUUAUCCUGACUCCGAGAUGGCUCAAGCAGGCCGCAACCUUGAGGAUUUCUUCACCUCCAAUCUGAAAGAGGUUUUCCCACACAGAGUUUUCCUUGCAAUGGAGGUGGACUCUGACAGCGAUGAGUACGAUGAGGCCUACAGGACUGCUGAGAGUGGUUUCCACUGGCCAGAGAGGAGAGAGCAGUGCCACAGGAAGAGGAAGAGGAGACACUCUCUCAAGUCGAGAAGACAACACUUCUAACCAUGGAGUGCAACAAUGGACAAAAAAAAUUGCUGUUUUUGUGAGUAAUUAUGCUGUUUUUAUUUAGCAGCCUGUGGGGCUGUGGCAGUGUUUCCAUUCUGUAAUCUAUUUAGUGGUUUGCAAUAAUAUCACAGUGCUGCCAUCCGAUGGCAGCUGAACAUACUGAACUGUACUUCAAAUAUUUGAAGCAGAACGAAUGCUGGAGUAUUUAUUAUCUCUGCGAGCUUUAACCGAUCAAAGAAGUAGAAAGUGCAAAACUCGACUAGGUUUCGCUUCAUAUUAUAUUCUACUCAUUUGGAACCACAUCUCAUUGGAGAUAAACAAAUCAAACAGAGUUUGUAGGGUGGCUUCUGCGGCUUUAAAAGAUCAUAUUGCAGUGAGACGAGGCUGUAAUUGUUACUGUAUCAUAUCAUAUUAUGCCACUGAUGCCCUGGAAAUUAUUUACAUUCAGACCUCCUAAAAUCACAUACCCAAUGUUGUAUGCUGUAUUGUACAAAGAGGAUACAGUAGUUGGAUGUUUAUUAAUCUCAGUUUGCAUUUUAAUUAAGUGGAUUUCUGUACUUUUUUUAGGUGAACAUAGCUCUGAUUAUACACAGCACUUUGAAACUUUGAUAUGGGUAAAUACUGUAUUUAUCGUAUUCGUAAGCACUCAACAUAUUUAUACAUGUGUAACUGUAUAGCACUUUAUUUUAUUAUAUUUCGCAUUUUAAUUAAUAAAUGAUUGCAGGCAAUUAUCAUAGGUUUGAUUAUUGAUAUUAUUAUGUGUCUCAGUAGCUUUUUUCUGGAAAGCAGCAGUGAAUCCUUUUGACUUUGUCUUUUGACCAGAGUGAUACAGAAUGUGAGUGAUUGAGGGCGCUAUAGUCAGUGUUAGAACGCAACAGGACACAUGUAUUUUCAUGUUUGUUAGAGGAUUUGUUAUCCAAAUAAAACAAUCCAAGAAAAUUUCAAUUUUACAUUUAAUCAUAAAUUAGGUUUGUGUAUACAUUAUGUAAGCUUUUUGUUCCACCUGUGUUUCAACAAAACACUGUACUCCUCUAUUAUCUAAAUAUCUCAGGCUUAAUAAGAGUGAUAGGUAUUGAUAUCCUUCAGUAUUGAUGAUUAUUUGUAGAGCCACACUGUUGAGAGAAAAUUACAUUUUGUAAUUGCCGCAUUACUUGUUUUUACAUAUUCUUUACGAGCUUCCUGUAUCUUAAGAUAGAUUUUACUUGACAAUAGGAGUAAUUACUGCACAAAUGAAAGUCUGUGCACUCCUUGGUCAUUGUCAAGAGUAGUGAAUAUACAGUAUAUGAGAUGUUACUUCCUUUGAAAUCAGUACAUGUAAUCAUAUUUCCUAUUGUACGAGGGAAGACUGACAAACUAUAGUUGCUGUCACUGUUUCAGGAGUCUGGCUUAUUUAUUUCUUUUUACUGUAACAGUCAACAAUAAAUGCACAUAUAUUAGUAUCAAUAAAAUGCAUUCAAGAUAAAUUGUAUUUUCUUAUUGUUUACCAUCUGACAUUUAUUAUCAUAAGUUACAGGAAACAAACAAAUGGAAAGAAAAUAAACUUGUAUCACUUACAGAACCACAGUGUACUGCAGAAGUUUUUCUACAGUACACAACCAGCACUCAAUAUGAAUUGCAGCCAUUUAUAGUUGGAUUGGUAUUGUUUUUUUUCAUCUCCAGUAAUUCAAAUAUAAUGAUAAAAUAAGACUGCAGAACUUUAUUUCUAAAUGGAUUUCAACACGAUAGGAUGCAUUAAAAUCUUUUGAUUUGGAUGUAAUUUUCCAUUAUUUCAAAGGGUCCAGGCAGGUUUAGGAGAUAGUGAAUACAACAUGAUUUUGUCUCCCUUGAAAAUAUCUUCUAAAUUUCAUCCUCUAAUCUAAUUUCAUUGCGCUUCUCUGAAGUACAGUGAUAAUAAAUCCAGUGUGUUUCAGUUGGAUCUCUGAUCGGUAAGUGAAACAACAGAAGCCAUACUUGUUAUUGUGCAGAGCUGCAGAAGAUAAUUUGUGCAGAUUUUGUAGCAAACUGUCCAACACAGGGCAUGGAUAACAUGCAUAAGCUCUUUUUAAAAGCUGGUAACUAAAAUUAAGUAUAGUGAAUUGUAACACAAUUAACAAAUCAAUUUCCCUGCAGUUGUUCUAGAUAAAGCACUAUAAGAUGCAAGGAUCAGCUUUAAGAGGAUGAUGAGCACAUGAGCAGAUACAGCUUAUAAAACAGGUGGUAGAUGAAUCAAGCGCACUGUAAAAAUGAAAGUAAGGAAGUAAUGCUAACAUCUUCAUGUUAAUUACACAAAUAAGUCUAUACAAAUGUAUGUUACAGUUUGAGGAUUAGUUAAUGCAGUUUGUUUAAGUUGACUUGUUUUUUUUUAUUUAGCUUGAACAAAACGCUCAUUGCUUCUGAAACCAUUAUGACAACAGCAAUUGGUUAUCCUGAAUCUUCUGUGGUCUAACACUGAUUAUUAAAGACAGAGGCUUUACUCUAACUUUUAACAUUACUGUGACUGUCGUACACUAUUGAAGAUUCAAAGCUUUUUAACAACAAUUUGUUUGAUUGUAAAGCCAUAUAAGUAACUAUCCAGUGAGGAUUCACAUGUAGCUCCAUGUUUCCAUGUGUGUUACAAACCUCAGAUGUUUUAAUGCACUUCCUUCACAGCCUGAUGUCAUAGCAGUAAGAGGGGGAGCUGGAGGUGGGAGGAGGAGAGUUGGCGGACUUUUUGUCCCAAGUAUGGCCUUCAAGGUAGGCAUUCCCAUCAGAGUGAUACAAUGAUUGUAACUCAGACCAAAACCAUUUAUCAAACUGCCAUGAGUGGCAGAGCUUUGAUGGGGAAUCAACCAGCCUGGGGGGGUAGCCCCUCCUAGAAGACUGCUCUCAGGGCAAAAAAAAUAAAUUAGAAAUGCUUUUGGCGAGUUUACUAAGCCACCAGCAGCAAUCCAUAUCUUAUAUCUUCAAUCUUUUUGACACUUGCCUCUCCUUGUUUUCCGUCUGCUCUGAAUUUCUCAACCUUAGAAACGUCUGUAUACAGCUCAAAAUGUUCAAACCAUUUUGUGCGACUGUAUAGAUUUGAUUAAACAUCCAGUUAAAGAAGUUGAAUUAGAUUUUUCUCGAAUACAUGACAGAAAGAGAGCUGCAGCUCGCAGGAGUCUGUCUUCAGAGUAGACAUGAUGUCAAGCCGCUGCCUGGCUCUGAUGCUUUUUACUUAGGAUACACUGCUGCUCCUGUCUCUAUCACAUAUAAAAAGGUUUUGUGGAAAAUGUUUCAUUGUAAAACAAUAUCUAUGUCUCAAAUUUAAGGGGAAUAGUUCAUAAGUGCUCUUAAUGGCCCAAAAUUCCUUUCUGUCAGAUUUCAGUAUCUGACAGUC